AUGGCGGCGGCGGCGGCAGCGUCCACGUCAGCGCCGUCCCGGUUCCGGGCUGGAGCGAGCAUGGCGGCGCGGGGCGCGGAGGCCGAGGCGCUCUUCGAGGCGCACACGGCGGCCGAGCUGCGGUCGGUGGAGCGGCGGCUGCGGGCCGGCAUCGAGCAGAAGCGGGAGGAACUGCGGCAGAUGGUGGGCGAGCGGUAUCGCGACCUCAUCGAAGCGGCCGACACCAUCGCCGAGAUGCGCCUCAGCGCCGAGCGCCUCCUGGGCGCCGUGAGAGGCCUGCAGCGGGGCGGCGCGGCCCGGCCCGGUCCCGCGGCACCGGCUCGGCCGCCGGCUCAGGAGAACUUCUACCGGGCGGCGGCGCAGCUGAAGCUGCUGCUGGAUGUCCCCGAGAAGGUGUGGGGUGCCGUGGAGGCCGGCCGGUACCUGCCCGCCGCCCGGCUCCACCUGCUCGGCUGCCACCUCCGCCACCAGCUGCAGCUCGACGCCCCCCGCGCCCGCGCCAGCCCCGUCCUCGCCCGCUUCCCCAUCCUGCUGCGGCAAGUGGCCGCCGCCAGCCACCUCAGAUCCACCAUCCUGCAGGAGAGCAAGUCCCUGCUGAAGAGCCAGACCGUGUCAGACCAGGCGGUGGCAGAAGCCCUGUGUGCCAUCAUGCUCCUGGAGGACAGCUCUCCGCGCCAGGCCCUCGCCGAUUUCCUUCUGGCCAGGAAGCUGGCCAUUCAGCAGCUUCUCAACCAGCCACACCACGGUGCAGGCAUAAAAGCUCAGGUAUGUUCACUGAUGGAGCUGCUAACCACUACCCUGUACCAGGCUCAUGCUCUCUUCUACACCAUGCCUGAAGGGAUGCCGCCGGAUCCGGCCCUGCCCUGCGGCUUGCUCUUCUCGACCCUGGAGAGCACCACAGGCCAGCACCCAGCAGGGAGAGGUGGGGUUCUGGAGGAGGAGGUGAAGCUGAGCAGCUGGUUCAGGUACCUCCCAGAGUCCGUGGUGGAGUUCCAGCCAGCCCUGCGGACCCUGGCACACCCCAUCAGCCAGGACUACCUCAGAGACACGCUGCAGAAGUGGAUCGCCAUGUGCAGUGACGACAUCAGGGCCGGGGUCAGCAACCUGCUCGUCUACGUGAAGAGCCUGAAAGGCCUCGCAGGGAUUCGCGACGCGGUGUGGGAGCUGCUCACGAGCGAGUCCAUAAGCCAGAACUGGGAGGCGGUGUGCCGUCGCCUUUUGGACAAGCCUGCUUCCUUCUGGGAGGACCUGCUGCAGCGGCUGUUCCUAGACAGGCUAGAGACGCUGACCAAAGAAGGGUUUGACUCCAUCUCAAGCAGCUCCAAACAGCUUCUCACCUUAGCCUUGCAGGAACUUGAAGUCAAAUCCAGCACCUCUGCCCUGAGCAAGCACAUCCAGUUUGAACACAACGUGGCCCUGUUCCUGUGGUCAGAGAGCUCCAGCGACCUGCCUUCCGACGCCGCUUGGGUCAACGUGGCAAACCGCGGCCAGUUCGCCAAGAGCGGCCUGUCCAUGAAGGCCCAAGCACUCACGCCGUGCGUGCAGAGCUUCUGCUCGGCUCUGGACUCAAAGCUGAAGGCCAGGUUGGACGACCUCCUGUCUUACCUUCCCGCGGACUCCUCGGCCGCCAAGGAGGCCGCUCCCGUGGCGCAGCCGCGCUCUGCCUUCGACCGCUACGCUGACGCCGGCACGGUGGAGGGGCUGCUCCGCGACCACUGCGUCGCCUGCAUCCACUACGUACUGGACUGCGUGCGCGAAGAGCUCCAGAGUGCCCAGAGCCUGCUGGGGGGGCAGGCGGACGCUCCCAGCGAUGCCAGACUCAAUGCUGUCCUCUUCAUGGCGAGACUCUGCCAGUCCCUGACCGAGCUCUGCCCUCACCUGAAGCAGUGUAUCCUGGGCCAGUCGGGCAGCGCAGAGAUGGCGCUGAAGGAAACCCGCUCCGCCAAGAAGUUGGGGAAGGGGAAAGCCCAGGAAGUGACCCCCGUGCAGGCCAAGUGGCAGGGGGUGAAGGCAGAGCUCCUGCAGCAGAGCCUGUUUGCUUACCAGAUCUGGAGCUCAGCUGUCACCAAGGGUCUGGUUCGGUGCUUUACCCACACGCUGCUGCUCGACACAGCUGGCUCUGUCUUGGCCACAGCCACCAACUGGGAUGAAAUUGAAAUUCAGGAGGAGACUGAGUCUGGAAACAGCGUAACGUCAAAGAUCCGGCUGCCUGUGCAGCCGUCCUGGUACGUCCAAUGCCUCCUCUUCAGCCUGUGCCAAGAGGUGAACCGGGUCGGUGGUCACACUCUUCCGAAAGUCACCUUGCAGGACUUGCUGAGGACCUGCAUGGCAGAAGUGCUUGCUGCCUACGAAAAGCUCAUGGAAGAGAAGCAGGAGAAAAAAGCAGGCACCUUCCCCAUGACCCAGAACAGAGCUCUGCAGUUACUCUACGACCUGCGGUACCUGAGCAUCAUCUUGACGGCGAAGAGUGAGGAAGCAAAAACCAGCAGGAUCAAGCAUGACUCCAGGAUUGAGAAGGUGACCGACUUCCUGGAGGGACACAUAGAUCCGUUUGACUUGGACGUUUUUACUCCACACUUGAACAGCAACCUUAAUCGCCUGGUUCAGCGAACCUCCGUUCUCUUUGGCUUGCUGACCGGGACAGAGAACCAGUACACGAGCAGGAGCAGUGCUCUGAGCUCCCAGGAGCUCCACAACAUCUUGCCGUUAGCAUCCAGCCAGAUCAGAUUCGGACUUCUGCCGCUGAGUAUGUCGAGUUCGCGAAAGAGCAAGUCCGCUACCAGGAGCACAGAAAGAGUUCAGGUUCCACCUCCUGCACUCACAAGAGCAGAAGACGAGGCAUCGCGCCCUGGCGCUCUGUUCAGGCAGCUCGUAACUGAGGAGGAAGACACAGCUGCACCUUCUCUCUUCAAGCUGGGAUGGCUUUCUGGCAUGACAAAGUGAUGCAAUAAAAAAAAAAAAGCUUC